AUGUCCAUCUCGCAACCUCAGGUCGCCCCACCCGCAACCGGGGCACCAGCCGCGUCUUCAAAUCCACAGGACUAUAUAUCCCAGUCCCCAGUAAUACCAUCGGAAUCAGUUACCAGACCGAGUGCGAACACCAAUGCGAAUGUGAACCAAGACACGCCGAUCGUCCCUGCGGGUACUCCCUCACCCGAUCCGAAUACGAUACCUACUGCAGCCGCAGCUGAUGAACCACUCUCCUUAAACGACAAGCUCAAUGCUGGCGAUCGAUACUGGAAAUUCAAGUUCGCCAUCAUGACCGUUAUCAUCAUAACUGGCUUGGUCGGCAUUGGCUGUUUUGCGUGGCUCAUGACCACGCGUACCGGGGUCUCUGAUUACUACAUCCUCGAUUCGUACUGGGCUCUAUGGCCGAGUCUGAUCUCCUGGUCUAUCUCCAUCGCCUGGUGCCUCAUCUGCAUCAUUGUCUUCAUCGUGCGGAAACGCACCGUGCAUCCCGGUGUUCGCGUGUCAAUGGAACUACUCCUCUGGCUAGCCUUCAUCGUCACUGCGCUUUUUGCGCUGUUGUCCCUCCAGAACAUCAUGGAUUACGGCAUAUAUGGUGGCCCUGAUGAAUGGGGCUACGACUACUCUAGCUCCAGCUCUCAUGGCGAUUACGUCUUAGCGGCCAACAACACGUGGGUCUGGCAGGAAGAUACCAGCUACAUCACCAGUCCCCGCGAUUGCACCAGCCGAUACAGCGUUUUCUCCGAGAUGAACUUUAAGGAUUGCGCCGAGCAGGAUGCCUUCGUCAACAAGCUUUGGGCCGAGAAACCACAGCGCGCCAGAGUCAACCUGACGGGCGUCGUAUGCCAGUUCUUCGGCCUAGUCCUGCACUUCGUCCUUUUCGUCUGGGCCUGCGUCGACACGCACCGUCGCAAUCGCACCAAAGUAAGCAAGGACGCUGAGAAACUCGCGGCGGGAAUCGUACAGACGAUGAUUGGCAAUGGUGCCAUCAUACCCCCACCGGGACAGGCACACGUGCAGCCGAGCAUGGGGCAGAGGAUGUACUAUCAGGUUCCUCCGCAGGGAUAUACGGUUCAGCACAUGUAUAUGCAGCAGGCGCCGGGACAGCAGCAGUUUGCGACGCCCCAGCAGAUGGGGCAGCAGGGAUAUAUGGUGCCGAUGCAGUAUCAUUCUGGACAGCAGGGUGCCAAUGCUCCAGGUGUUGGUAUUGCGGGACCGAGCAGUGAAAAGGGUACUGGACCGCGGUAUGCGUGA